UCUAAGCCUCAGUGUUGACUUCACUCGCGUCACGAUGCCUCCAAAAGAGCUCAACCGCCACCAGCUCUCCUCGCGCCUCGCAUACAACGCAGGCGAGACACCCGCGUUCCUGCGCAAGCUCCAGAACCGCGUGAAGGGCAUACCAGAAGACGAAGACGAAGACGCGCCGCAGUACUACGACGAGGACGGACAGGAGUUUUACGACGAUGGGUCUGGGCGGCCUCCGAUUCCGCAGCGGCCGUCGGGGGGCGGGGAAGGGAGUGGAGGCCGCGAGAGGCCGCCGAUACCGGAGCGGCCGGAGGGAGACGCGGGAAGCGCGGAUGAGGACGAUAUGGACGAGGCGCCGCAGGUGGUGGUGCUCAAGGAGGGGAAGCAUCUGAACGCGCGAGAGGCCGAGAACGAGCGGCGGAGAGCCAGGGGCCUGCCUCCGCUCCCUAAUGAUACUCUGCCUGCGGCUGCUGACGAUACAAAAGACGAUGAUGCCAAGAGCUCGAAAGAGAAACUCAAGUCGAAAGCGCCUCCUGGCUUAUCAUUCUCUUCGGGCGGUGCAGCAUCCGCUGCGAAGAAGAAGCGGAAGAUCGUAGGUGACGGCGCGGAAGACGACGCUCCCGAGCCUCAGUCGAAAAAGCCCGCGAAGAAGAAGUCGAAGAAGGCAGGGAAGAUCUUGUUGUCGUUUGGCGACGAUGAAGUGUGAUUUUGCCUAGCAUUCGCAGAGAGACGUAGAAAUCAACACAAUCUGUUGUUACUUUGCUCUAUUAUUGGCUAUACGUGCUCGACACGGAGACUCGACAGGUGCGUAUGCUUGUACCUCCUUCAAAUCGCGAAUGCUCUGCCUCCCGACUCAGCUCCGCCCAAGCUCAGUUUCGUGUACUUUGAAGCCGUAUCCCACCCUAGGUGUAUAUUUUGACUUGGAUAUACCAUCGCUUUGAUGCGCCCAUGCAUCGCCAGGUACUCGUACCUCGAACGAACCCUCGCGUGCAUACUAUUGCAUACUUCCAACCCACCACGGCGCCACGCUAUGUACCUCGUCAUUGCACCCUCCUGGAUAAGCAUGGGGCAGCGGACCCUAUACACCACCAACAGCGGGCUCUUUGCAUCUGCCUCAGGUACAGCCUCGCCCCACACACCGG